AAGCACUACAAUAUUUUAAAAAGCAGAUCCAAAACCCAUGUGAGUAUUGCCAAUGUGCCACACAAACCCACAGUUGAAACGACGCCGUUUGUAGUCACACGAGCAGACUGGCAGAGGAUCCUUAUCCAAAGGCUGAACAGUCUGUUAGCAGAACUGAAUCCCAAACUGCUGACACCGGCAGUAAUCUACGAAUGGCGGAUGCGAAUCAAACUGAAAGAGUUCAAUCAUUAGCUCAAAAAGGUGAAGCCUUUGUGCCGCCGGUAUACGUUCAGCCACCCUGUAACAGGCCUCGAGUCAACGCCGAUGACUCCGUGCAUCCAGUGCCGACGAUCAACCUUAGCUCGCCGACUGAGCUCCUCCUGGGCGAAGUCCGGCAGGUUUGCAAAGAAUGGGGAGCCUUUCACGUUGUAAACCAUGGAGUCCCUGUCGAAUUGCUUGAUGAUGCUAGGCGCGUCGGCCGUUCUUUCUUCCAGGACUAUCCCAUGCAAGAGAAGAUGAGGUACUCCUGCGAUCCCAAAUCUCCUGCUUCUGAGGGCUAUGGCAGCCGAAUGUUGGUUACCCCUAGCGACACCGUUUUGGACUGGCGGGAUUACUUUGAUCACCACACGUUUCCUCUAUCUCGCCGCAAUCCAUCUCGCUGGCCCCACUUUCCUUCCGAUUACAGAGGAGUUGUUGAACAGUAUGCGGAUUGUAUGAAAGUCCUAGCUGAGAGACUUCUGGAGUUGAUCUCCAAGAGUCUAGGCCUGCCUUGUUCUUGCGUCAAAGAUGCAGUUGGGGAAUUGCAUCAAAACAUUACUUUCAGUUACUACCCUCCCUGCCCACAACCGGAGCUUACUCUUGGUUUGCAAUCACACUCAGAUAUGGGCGCCAUUACUCUUCUCAUCCAAGAUGAUGUUGCUGGGCUUCAAGUUCUUAGGGAUGGAAAUUGGAUAACUGUAAAUCCACUGUCUGAUGCUAUACUUGUCAUCUUGGCUGACCAAACUGAGAUCAUAACCAAUGGAGAGUACAGAAGUUCUAUACACCGUGCUGUAACAAAUGCUGAACGACCCCGGUUUUCAAUCGCAACAUUCCAUGACCCUGCAAAGACGAGAAAGGUUUCCCCUGCAUUUCAUCCACCGAAAUACCGGGAAGUGAUGUAUGGCGACUAUGUGUCAUCGUGGUACACAAAGGGUCCAGACGGAAAGCGGAAUCUUGAUGCCCUUGUUCUUUAACUGGUAAAUGUUUAUCUUCUUAUUAACUUCCAAAAUCUCAACCCUGCAGUGAAAGGCCUGUCAGUAAGCAAAGAACAAUGUUAGCAAAUUCAUUGUCAUGUUACAUGACAACUUGAAGUGGAUUAAGUUAGGAUACGUUUCCUUGUUCAUAGAUGUGUUUAUUUGCUUAUUAUGAGUGCCUCUAUGUCUAUAUCUGGAAAAUUAUACAUUGUAAACUUGUAUGGAGUAUCAGUUAAAGUUGGUAUUUGGCUCUUCAUUAUUUACAUA